AUAUAGCACCACUAGCUAGCUCCUCUUCCAGCUCCAAGCUCCAAGAACUCACUCUCUCCGAGCUCGCUCUCACUGUCUCACACGUCGCUCUCGCUGGGAUAGCUGAGUUGCACACUGGCUUCUGCAGUGUGCAGAGUGCAAGGCUUUUGAGCUUGGAGGUACACUAGCUAGUGGCAUUGUCCAUGUCGGGCAGGUCGUCAAGGAGGGGCAGCUUCACGCCGCGGCAGCCGCCAGUGGUUGAAAUCGGCUGCAACUGCCGCCGGCCGAAGCUGUUCUCGAUCUUCUCCUCGUCAUCGUCCUCGUCGUUCCGCCGCAGCGGGGGAAAGCCCAAGUCGCCCAACGCCUCCUCCACGUCGACGACGACGACGGCGUUCACGGCCACAACCGUGGGCGCCGGCACGGCCACCUCAACCGACUCCUCGUGGGGCCCCGCGUCGUUCACCACCAACUCGCUGUUCGAGGAGCCAGCGGCGCAGCAGGAGCAGGAGCAGGCGGAGACGAGGCGGAGGAGGAGGCAGCAGCGCCGGCGGCGGAGGCGCGCCGCCUCCUCCUUCGCCCGGGGCGUCGAGGGCGGCCACGACGAGCAGCAGCUGCAGGAGCAGGCGCCGUACCGGCGCGUGGCCAAGGAGAGCGUGGCGGUGGCGGUGGAGUCGGCGGAGCCGUACGAGGACUUCCGGGAGUCGAUGGUGCAGAUGGUGGUGGAGAAGGAGAUCUACGCGUGGGACGACCUCAACGACCUCCUCCAUCAGUUCCUCUCCCUCAACUCGCCGCGCCACCACCCUCUCAUCCUCCACGCCUUCGCCGACCUCUGGACUCGCAACGGCCUCUUCUCCCCGCCGUCCCCAUGCCAGUUCUAGCCAAGUUCAAUGUCAAGUUUCAGCACGACGCCAUGCAUGCAUACCAUACUGCCCGAAUCGAUCGUGUUAACUACUAGCUAUAAUUAGUUAAAGUUAAUUACCAGUGUCGACAAUUCUCACUUGUUACCGGCACUAUCGAUAGCGCGUGUCACUAGUUUGUUAACUAUCUACAUGGUGUAAGUUCAUGGCUGGGAGGUUAUUAACAGAGAUCCCGGCGAGAUGUUGUGCAUUUCCAACGGUCUUCGAUCUGCUGAACCUAACCUAAGCUCAAAGGCCGUGUAAAUGCAAUAUUAAUUAGCUUCAGCUUAUGCUUGAUGUAAUGACACGCCAUGUCCAUGUACGUGAUGUAAUGAUGCGCGCGCAUGGCACCGUGUUGUUGUGUAAUGAUAAAGACUACUUGUGUUGUUACUAGUACAUCCUACU